AUGGCAAACCCAACGAUGUUGGUCGCGGUGGUUGCGGCCGUCGUCCUACUCCCGGCGAGCGCACGAACACAAAACGGGUCUUUUUGCCCCUGUGGGUCCUGCAAUGCGAGCUCGGUGGCGACGUACCGUCUCGCCGACACCUUCAAAGAUCGCGUCGAUAAGAAAUAUGCGUGCUUCUGGCCGGAAUCGAUCGCGUGCGACUACGUCAAGACGAAGCGGUGGGGCCGCGACCUGAGCGCGUUGCUCGCCGCGGUCCGACGGCACGAGGCCGCGCGGGCCGUCGAACGUUCCUCCGGAGGCGGAAUUAUACAGUGA